GGGAAGUGAGAGUGCGGGAGGGAGUCGGAGGGGAGAAUGAUUCCGAGAGACAGAGCUCCCAGAACCUGGGACAGAGACAGAGACUGAGGGACACAGAGGGUGGGGGGAGAGGGACGGGAGGGAGUGAGGAACACGGAACUAGAGAUAGAAUGAUAGAGAGAGUGAGAGAAUAACUGCAGCAGAGAGAGAGAGAGAGGGGACAGUGCUCAGAGGCGCCUGGGGCAGUGCGGGCUGAUGGAGCCCUGGCGGCAGUGUUGUGUUUGGUUGAUAAAUUGUGGGGUUUUGCCCCCCGACCACAGGGUGAGCUGGCCAGGGGCUCAGGUCUUUGACCUGGCACAGUCUCUCCGGGAUGGGGUGAUCCUCUGCCGCUUACUCAACACACUCCGGCCCCGCUGCAUCCUGCUCAAAGACAUCAACCAACGGCCACACAUGUCCCAGUUCCUUUGUCUGAAGAACAUUCGAACCUUUCUCACCACAUGCUGUGAUACCUUCGGGAUGCGGAAAAGUGAACUGUUUGAUGCCUUUGACCUUUUUGAUGUUCGAGAUUUUGCAAAGGUGAUCGACACACUGUCAAGUCUUUCCCACACUGCAAUAGCACAGAGUACAGGUAUAAGGCCGUUUCCCACUGAGCAAGCUGUGGACGAUGAGGACAUUUACAAGAGCCUGGCAGACCUGAUCGAUGAGGCCAGCGUUGACGAUGAUGAGGAUCUUUAUGACUGUGUUUAUGGCGAUGAUGAAGGUGACGAGGUUUAUGAAGAUCUGAUGAAAAUUGAAGCAGUCCAGGCCCCAAAACAGGUUGAGACAGAUGUCCGGAGCUGCUGUCUCCUGGAGAUCAGACAGACGGAGGAGAAAUACACAGCAACGCUCGAGUCGAUUGAGAAGCAUUUUAUCUGCCCAUUGAGACGGGUUUUAACGGCUGGAGAAAUGGCAGUCAUUUUUAUUAACAUUGAGGCUUUAGUUAAAGUUCACAGAGACUUGAACGAAGAUCUAAAAAAUGUCAUCAUGUCGAAGAAUGAUCAGAAUCUUUAUCAAAUCUUCAUCAACUACAAAGAAAGGUAA